UGAUCUCGCUGAUGCGACACCGGGAGUCUCAGUUUAGUGAGAGAAAGGAAAACAAGGAACCUGCCUUAAUUUCUUGUUUGUGUGUAUUCUCCGUUCCUACUUCUCUGUGCAGAGAAUGCUGAGCUCCCAUAGUCUCCUCAUCCUCCGCUUCCCUUCGUCUCUUCCGCUGCUAUGUACUCUUCUCAUCUCUACCGAGGAGAACAGGCCCCGUCUGGAUUCAACAUCGGCGAUGCUGUUCUCGACCUCACCAGAAGUCCCAUUCUUAGUCCCAAGAGCUCAAGCAAUCUCACUGCUGUCAAUUCCUCACCCCUACACCUGCACUUUGGGGCCAUAAACCAUGCGAGUAUGGCAUCGCUGGACGUGGCUGCUCCGACGGCGGCGGCAGCGACACAUGUGGAUGCUGGCAGGAUGGCGUUCUCGAGAGGACAAAUUGAGAACUGGGGCGACUCUGCGAUGGUAGUGAGCAGCCCAAGAACUGAUACAUCAACCGACGUCGAGAUCGAGGAUAGGACUAAGAUGUUUGGUGGUGUUCAGCAAGGUGCUAUUAUCUGUGCGGAUUCUUCUGCAAUGUCAAAGGGGAAAGCAGGGGAGCAAAAGACACUGCGUAGACUUGCUCAAAAUCGUGAGGCUGCACGAAAAAGUCGCUUGCGGAAAAAGGCAUAUGUUCAACAGCUUGAAAAUAGCCGCGUAAAGUUGAUACAACUGGAGCAAGUUCUGCAGCGAGCACGCCAACAAGGCAUUUUAAUAGCAAGUGGAUUCAUGGGUGACCAUAGUUAUUCAAUUGGAGGAAAUGGAGCCUUGGCAUUUGAUUUGGAGUAUGCAAGGUGGCUUGAGGAUCACCAACGAAGGAUUAAUGAUCUUAGAUCAGCUCUAAACUCUCAAGUCAACGACGAUGAGCUGCGACUUACUGUCGAAACCUUCAUGGGACAUUAUGAUGAAGUUUUCAGACUUAAAAGCAUAGGUAUAAAGUCUGAUGUAUUUCACAUACUUUCAGGCAUGUGGACAACCCCUGCAGAAAGGUGUUUCAUGUGGUUGGGUGGAUUUCGAUCAUCUGAGCUUCUGAAGAUACUCGUGAGCCAUCUUGAGCCAUUGACGGAUCAACAGCUGAUGGGUUUGUGUAAUCUUCAACAUUCAUCUCAGCAGGCAGAGGAUGCCUUGUCGCAAGGGAUGGAAGCUUUGCAACAAUCUCUUUCUGAAACCCUUGCGUCUGCUUCUCUUGUUCCGGCUGGUGGUGCUGAUAAUGUUUCAAAUUACAUGGGCCAGAUGACUAUUGCUAUGGGCAAGUUGAGCACACUCGAGAACUUCCUUCGCCAGGCUGAUCUUUUGCGGCAACAGACUCUGCAGCAAAUGCAUCGAAUCCUAACAACACGUCAAGCAGCUCGUGCAUUACUGACCAUCAGCGACUACUUCUCUCGCCUGCGGGCGCUAAGCUCAUUAUGGUUGGCUCGCCCGAGGGAUUAAAUACUGCUUUGUGAGUUGAGGACGUGUGACUUGUAGUCAAUUUUAUCAAUCGCCAAUUACUUGAAGGAUUUUCUACUAGUGUGAUGUAUCUGUAUAUGAUUGUUGAAAGACAGAUCAUGACCUGAAGUAAUCUACAAUAUUUACUCCGACAAAUGGAGUGUCUUUAUUGG